AUGGUGACCUCAAGCUCAGGCCAGUGGUGGUUGUGCAUACUAGUUUUCCUGCAAAUCCUGCUCAAAACGGAAGGUGAUCUUGUAAACAUAACUUAUGUCAACAAAGCAGUGGCCAAAGGAGCAGUUUGUUUGGAUGGGAGUCCACCAGCUUACCAUUUUGAUAAGGGAUUUGGACAAGGAAAAAAGAAUUGGUUGCUUAACCUUGAGGGAGGAGCAUGGUGCAACAAUGUCACGGAUUGUAUUGCCCGUAAGAGCAAUAUAUUGGGUUGGGGUUCCUCAAAGCUGAUGUGGACGCAACUAAACUUUACGGGGAUUCUGAGUAAUAAAUCAUACUUUAAUCCAGACUUUUAUAACUGGAAUAAGGUAAAGAUCAGAUAUUGUGAUGGAGCAUCAUUCACGGCUGAUAUGGAAGCAGUCGAUCCAGACACUAAUCUCUACUUCAGAGGUGCAAGAAUCUUUGGUGUUGUCAUGGAGGAACUAUUAGCAAAAGGAAUGAAACAUGCCAAAAAUGCUCUUCUCUCUGGCUGUUCAUCUGGUGGAUUAGCAGUCAUGUUCAAUUGUGACAGAUUUCGAGCUCUCCUGCCCAAGAAAACGAAAGUCAAAUGCUUUUCGGAUGCUGGUUUUUUCCUCAAUGCGAAGGAUAUUUCCGGACAACCACGCAUUCAAGAAUACUUCAACCAAGUGGUUAUGACUCAUGAAUUAGAAAAGAAUUUGCCACCAAGCUGCACUUCAAAAAUGAAAGCAGGAUUGUGUUUUUUCCCUCAGAAUGUGGCACAAAAUAUCCAAACACCACUCUUUAUAUUAAAUCCGGCCUAUGAUUCAUGGCAGGUCAGCUCAUUCCUUGUUAUAAGAUAG